AUGAUUACUCUGCAGAACUUUUACAUGUACUUUACUGAAAAACGGCACGAUACCAAUGGUAUCCCGAAACAACCGGACGAUGUCUGGAGAAGCCAGGAUUGGCGCAUGAGAGAUAGGCUGAAGACUGUCUCCGCUGCACUUGCUAUCUGCCUCAACAUCGGAGUAGAUCCACCAGAUGUAGUCAAAACAAACCCCUCAGCGAAACUCGAAUGCUGGGUAGAUCCAACUUCCACGACCGGAGCGCAGAACAAGGUUAUGGAACAGAUUGGAAAGAAGUUACAAGAGCAGUACGAAACACUCAGUCUGCGCACACGAUACAAGCAGUACUUGGACCCCUCUGUGGAGGAAACGAAGAAAUUCUGUAUUUCUCUCCGACGGAAUGCAAAGGAUGAAAGGGUUCUCUUUCAUUACAACGGUCACGGAGUUCCGCUGCCCACACCUUCUGGCGAAAUCUGGGUGUUCAACAAAAACUACACUCAAUAUAUCCCUGUCUCCCUUUACGACCUGCAGACUUGGCUUGCUGGUCCCAGCUUGUUUGUAUUCGAUGUUUCUCAUGCGGGUAACAUUGUUCAGAACUUCCAUGCCUUUCUCGAAAAGCAUGAAAAGGAAAAUGCGGAAGCUCGCAAGAGAGAUCCUAUUGCAUCCCUUCAAAAUUACGGCGAUUGCAUUCUCCUUGCUGCUUGUGAGAAAAACGAAACCUUGCCAACAAACCCUGACCUCCCCGCAGAUCUAUUCACCUGUUGUCUUACCACCCCUAUCGAGAUAGCCCUGAGGUAUUUUGUGCUUCAAAAUCCACUGCAAACAAGUCUUUCUGUGGAUGAAUUCAGGGUUCCGGGACGCCUACAGGAUAGAAGAAGUCCGUUGGGCGAGCUUAAUUGGAUAUUCACGGCAAUUACAGAUACCAUUGCUUGGAAUACCCUUCCUCGCCCCUUAUUCAAGAAGCUCUUCCGACAAGACCUCAUGGUUGCUGCUUUGUUCCGGAAUUUCCUGCUCAGCGAACGUAUCAUGAGAACUCACGAAUGCCAUCCAAUUUCUUCACCGAAACUGCCCAUUACCCAUACUCACCCGUUGUGGCAAAGCUGGGAUUUGGCUGUUGAAAUGGUCCUGGCUCAGCUUCCAGCUCUCAUUGAACAAGAAGAAGGCACUAGACACUACGAAUAUCAGCAUUCCCCAUUCUUCGCCGAGCAACUUACGGCGUUUGAGGUGUACCUCUCUUCUGGGCCUACAGAAAAAAACCCGCCGGAUCAACUCCCUAUUGUCCUGCAGGUUUUGCUCAGUCAAGCUCACCGGUUACGGGCGUUGAUUCUCUUGAGUGGGUUCCUUGAUCUCGGCCCUUGGGCUGUUCACCUCGCUCUUAGCAUAGGUAUAUUCCCUUAUGUUGUCAAGCUACUCCAAAGUGCUGCCCAGGAGCUUAAGCCUGUUAUGGUCUUCAUCUGGGCUAGGAUAAUGGCAGUUGAUCAUACAGUACAGAAUGAUCUCCUCAAAGACAAUGGUAUCCACUACUUUAUCACCAUACUCCACCCCAAUUCUCCCAUACCCGUUGCGAAUGUCAGCGAUCACAGAGCCAUGUGUGCAUUUAUUGUUGCUAUCUUCUGCAAGCAGUACCCCCAAGGACAACAUGUUUGUUUGUCCCCGGAACUAAUUGAGGCAUGUUUGACUCACUUUUUGGAUACUGAAAACCCCUUACUACGACAAUGGUCAUGUUUAUGCCUCAGUAUGUUGUGGAAUGACUUCCCAGAGGCAAAAUGGAUGGGUAUUCGUGCCUCUGCGCCACAAAAGCUCUGCGAACUUGCAGCCGAUCCUGUUCCAGAAGUUAGAGCAGCAAUGCUCCAUGCUCUCACCAGCUUCAUAGGAAUUCCUGACCUUACUGAUCAAGUAGCCCAAAUCGAAGAGUAUCUUGCUAUGGCAGUACUCCCGAUGGGAUCUGAUGGUAGCGUUCUUGUGCGAAAGGAAUUUCUGGUUUUCGUAUCAACUUUUGUCAAGAGAUAUCAAAACAAAUUCAUAGUUGCAGCAUAUGAGCAGCUACUGGAGGAAAAGCAGGUUUUAACAACUCAGCCGACUGGAUCCCCCCUGAUGUCCCCUCCUCAACCAUCUGAGAAUGGUGUUUCUCACGGUACUGUGAUCGGUUCAAUUUGGAAGCUGGUUCUUAUCUUAUCUGUCGAUCCCCACCCAGACGUCGCGCAGGACGGCGGCAUAAUCGUUGACUAUGUCCACAAAACUCUUCUAGAAUCACCGCUCGGUGCUUUGGCUAGGAAAGCAAGGGAGGACAUUCUUGAAUUAUAUACCCGUGCUCAAUCAAAGAAAACACAACAGCAGGAGUCUAUUGAUAACGCUAGGCCCAAGACCCCUCCGAGCCAACAAGCACCCAAGCCAGAAGGAUAUCUCUCCCUAAGCUUAAGGAGGACAGCUAGUGUCGCAGCAUCCCUUAAAAAUAUGGCCUUUGGCUCCUCAUCAAAUAGCCCUCAGCCUCCAGGCUCCCCCAACUCCACUACGUUUGCUAAACCCCAAGUGCCGAAGGGCCGUGUUACGGUUACGCCUAGGGGUCGCGCACCUGCUGAGUGGACGAGGCCUCCAGAGGUCAAUGACCAGCGUGCCUCUGCUAGAUCAUACCAACAAGCGCCUACCCCAUCAUCUAGGGGAUUUAAACUUAGAGAUGUGAAAGAAGAACCUGUUAUUCCAUUGGUUAGUCAGUUCUUAGAUUGGUCAACAGAGGUAUGCAGUACUAUGAAUCACCUAGGUCAUUUUAGAAACUACUAA